GAAAACUGCCUGAAUGCUGAUGUGGUGGAACAGAUUUAUAAGAGAAACCCUAUUCUCCGUUACACUCACCAUCCAUUGCACUCACCAUUGCUGCCACUGCCCUAUGGGGACAUCAAUCUAAACUUGCUGAAAGACAAAGGCUACACAACUCUGCAGGAUGAAGCCAUCAAGAUAUUUAAUUCUUUGCAGCAGCUGGAGUCUAUGUCUGAUCCCAUCCCUAUAAUCCAAGGUAUCCUCCAAACAGGACAUGACUUACGACCUCUUCGAGAUGAGCUCUACUGUCAGCUUAUCAAGCAGACCAAUAAAGUGCCUAAUCCUGGGAGCGUGGGCAACCUGUAUAGUUGGCAAAUACUCACCUGCAUGAGUUGCACAUUUCUGCCGAGUCGAAGCAUCCUCAAAUAUCUCAAGUUCCAUCUCAAAAGGGUUCGUGAUCAAUUUCCAGGAACUGAAAUGGAGAAAUACGCACUUUUUACUUACGAAUCUCUGAAGAAAACCAAAUGCAGAGAGUUUGUGCCAUCCCGGGAUGAAAUAGAAGCUCUGAUCAGCAGGCAGGAAAUGACAUCCACAGUUUAUUGCCAUGGGGGGGGCUCCUGUAAGAUUACAAUCAACUCACACACCACAGCUGGAGAGGUGGUUGAAAAGUUAAUUCGUGGCUUGGCCAUGGAGGACAGCAGAAACAUGUUUGCUUUGUUUGAAUACAAUGGAACUACUGAUAAAGCGAUUGAAAGCAGAACCAUUGUGGCUGAUGUCUUGGCAAAGUUUGAAAAGCUUGCUGCCACUGCUGAAGCUGGGGAGAUGCACUGGAAGUUCUACUUCAAGCUCUACUGCUUCCUGGACACAGAAAACGUCCCAAAAGAUAGCGUGGAAUUUGCCUUUAUGUUUGAGCAGGCUCAUGAAGCAGUGAUUAGAGGACACUAUCCUGCUCCUGAAGAAACCCUCCAGGUCCUUGCAGCUUUGCGUCUUCAGUACCUUCAGGGAGAUUACACUCUGCAUACCACUGUACCUGAAAUAGAAGAAGUCUAUCCCUUGCAAAAGCUGAAAUCUCGGAUUACACAAUCUACAAAAACAUUUACUGCAGCGGAGAAGGCUGAGAAGAAACGAGCCAGCUUUCUUGAAGGAACGUUGCGGAGGAGUUUUCGGAGUGGCUCUGUCAGCAAACAGAAGGUUGAGGAGGAUCAGAUGUUAGAUAUGUGGGUCAAAGAGGAAAUCUCAGCUUCCAGGACUAGUAUUAUUGACAAAUGGAAAAAACUCCAGAGGAUGAACCAGGAGCAGGCUAUGGCAAAGUAUAUGGCUUUGAUUAAGGAAUGGCCUGGCUAUGGCUCAACACUCUUUGACGUAGAGUGUAAAGAAGGGGGAUUCCCACAAGAGCUGUGGCUUGGAGUCAGUGCUGAUGCAGUUUCUGUCUACAAGCGUGGGGAAGGAAGGCCUCUGGAGGUGUUUCAGUAUGAACAUAUCUUGUCAUUUGGUGCACCGCUUGCCAACACCUACAAGAUCGUGGUGGAUGAGAGAGAACUGCUUUUUGAAACUAGUGAGGUGGUUGACAUUGCAAAGCUGAUGAAAGCUUACAUCAGUAUGAUUGUGAAAAAACGCUACAGCACCUCUCGAUCAGUGAGUAGUCAUGGAAGUCAGGGCAGCUCCAGGUGAAAACAAAACCAGUUCUACUGUGCUCUAAAUAGAACAUAUCACUGCUUGGCCUCAAAAUGACCUGAUGAUACUGAUCACAUCUGUUGACAAGCUAACCAAGAACCAGAGUUUCCACGGAAAAUAUCUUCAAACAUUGUUUUUGAAAGACCACAGGGUGGGGAGGGGAAAAUCAGCUGAAAUAGCCACAUACUAGAACUUCUGGGUCAUUCAAAACUUUCCAAAGCAUUAUUAUCUUCAGUUGAUGUAACAAAUGCCUUAAGACUUGAUCCACUGCAAUACAAGCAGUAAUAAGUGCCUUAUGAUAUUAAACCCAACUUGUAUUGACCCUACGAUUGCUGAUAAAAGUCAAGAGGAUUUUUAUUUUCGUCCUUCCAGAACACUGAAAACAAAGUUAUAUUCAUCCAUUCUGCACUAAUCUACCGGCCUGUACACAUGUGAGAAGGGGGAGGGAAGAAGAGCAAGGUAUAUUUUUUUUCGGAGAGCUGCUGGCAGCCUUCCUGAUGGACACCAACAUUUUGUUUCCCCUUGCUUCCAUGCAUGUGCACGUUGUGCAUGUGUAGCUGAGCUGUCAGUAAAAUUUGACUAAUUUUAUUCUGUAUUUCACAAGUCUUUUGAAGCAAAGGGAAUAAGUAUGUGCAAUGGUGUAAACAGUCUUUCUGUACAUUUUAAUAGUUCAGAGUUAUAGUUGUUACAAUUGUAUGGUUACUUUAUAAGCAGUUUUAUUAACAAGUAAAUUCCAAAAUUUUCAUACAUUGUAGCAGAAGUUUGCAUUCUGUAUCUGCUGUAUGAUAAAGAGAGAUGUAGCUGAGAAUAUUUAUAGACUAAUAUGGAAAUACAAUUAUCAGUUCAAUACUCGAUAAUGUCAGCUUAAGUUUUUAAUAUUAAAUUUCUCUUUUAAAGACAUCACUUUUUUAAUAAUGCUGGCUGGACCCUCUAACCCAGACUGACUGCCAAAGGUCAGAGCCCUUCAGAGUUAACUAAAGAAAGCAAAGUUAUACAAUGCAACUGCUUUAAUACGGAGUUCCCUGUUUUACCUGGUUGCCUGAUGAAGGUUCUUGACAGCACCCUGUAAAUAAAUUGGGGAAUAUCAGCUAAUAAUAAGCUGAUUUUGGACUUUUAUUUUUGUACAGAAAUACUGUAAUAUAAGGCAAAACUUUGAUCAGAGGUAUCUUUUUGUCUACAGAAAAAAAAAAAAAAAAGAAACCUGAAAAACCUUACUGUUAUUAAAAACCUCAGCCUUUAAGGAAUCAUGCCUACUUAAUAAAAAUAAAAAGUCCAGCAAUAAAGGAGGUAUAUGU